AUGACUGGGUCAAUCAAGAUAUUUGCAGGCAACUCACACAUUGAGUUUGCAAAGCUUGUUGCCAAACGCCUUGGACUUGAGCUUGCCAAAUGUGUAGUUGUCAAGUACUCUAACCAAGAAACCUCUGUCACAAUUGGAGAAUCUGUUCGUGAUGAGGAUGUGUUCAUUAUUCAAUCAGGCUGUGGCGAAAUCAACGACAACUUGAUGGAGCUUCUUAUUAUGAUCAACGCAUGCAAAACUGCAUCUGCUCGUCGUAUCACUGCAGUGGUUCCAUGUUUCCCGUAUGCUCGCCAAGACAAAAAAGACAAGUCGCGCGCACCAAUCACUGCUAAACUGGUUGCCAACAUGCUCACUGUUGCUGGUGCUAACCACGUCAUCACCAUGGACUUGCACGCAUCUCAAAUCCAAGGUUUUUUCAACAUCCCCGUAGACAACUUGUAUGCUGAGCCCAGUACGCUCAAAUACAUUAUUGAGCAUAUCGAGGACUAUAAAAGUAUUGUGAUUGUCUCGCCUGAUGCUGGUGGUGCCAAGAGAGCUGCCGCUAUUGCUGAUAAGCUUGAUGUAGACUUUGCACUCAUUCAUAAAGAGCGCAAAAAGGCCAACGAAGUUUCUCGAAUGAUUCUUGUAGGUGACGUCAAAGGCCGUCCUUGUCUUCUCGUGGAUGAUAUGGCUGAUACGUGUGGUACUCUUGGUCUUGCUGCUAAAGUGUUGAUUGAGAAUGGUGCGACGAGUGUUUAUGCCAUGGUCACACACGCAGUUCUUUCAGGAAAAGCCAUCAAUGUCAUCAACAACAGCUCCCUGGAGAGAAUUAUUGUAACCAAUACAAUCCCUCACGAUGAAAAGAAGCUGUUGUGUAGUCGGUUGGAUACGAUUGAUGUUGCGUCGACAUUUGCCGAGGCGAUUAGGCGAACCCACAAUGGCGAAAGUAUAUCGUACCUAUUUGGGUAUGUUCCUAACUAG